AGGUAAAAAACAACAGUAGAACGACUGAAAGCAAUUUAGGUGGGAAGCAGGAACAACGCAUUACUUUGUAAUGGAGUCACACAAUCUGGAAUGUCUGAGUCCGGCUGAGCUGAGGAUGUUGAUCAGACAGGAUGAUCCCAGGAUAAGAACCACUGCUGGAAUAGCCAACGGAUACCAGCAGGCUAAUGUCGUCAUCAUACCAAACCAUUUGGCCAGUGACUUUGAAGCAUUCUGUCACAGAAAUCCCGCCCCCCUGCCGCUCCUUUAUCACAGCCGGUCAGGAGAGACGUGCUGUCCUCCUAUUGCUACAGAUGCUGACAUAAGGACUGAUGUGCCUCAGUUGUGUUUUGAGGAUGGGCGCCUCGUGAAAACUGUCUCCAGUUUGCAGAGUUACAGCACUGAACCAAGGUCUGCAGCAGAUGAUCCAGCUGCACGUUGCUCUCAGUGGUCACAGAUGGUGUGUUUCUACCUGGGCUGCAGUUUUAGUUUUGAAGGCAAACUGAAAGAAGCAGGCGUUCCUGUCAGACACGUGGAACAAGGCACAAACGUCAGCAUGUAUCGGACUGCAGUUCCCUGUGUUCCAGGUCGGGGCCCGUUUAGCGUCCCUGUCGUGGUCAGUAUGCGCCCUGUUCCUGCCAGCAUGCUGGACAAAGCCGUGCAGGUUUCUCACCUCAACCCACUGGCACACGGCUCUCCCAUACAUGUUGGAGACCCAGGUAAACUUCCUAUCCUUGACUUGUCCAGACCAGACUAUGGGGCCAGUGAACUGCACCCUGGUGAAGUUCCAGUCUUCUGGGCCUGUGGCGUGACCGCUAUAGAGGCUAUACUCAGCAGCAAGCCAUCUUUGGCAUUCAGCCACUCACCUGGCUGUAUGUUCUUGACCGACAUCCCUGACUCCUCCCAUUUCACUCCAACAUCAUCCUCUGAGCAUGUGGCUCCUCCCACCAGCUGCAAUCUUGACUGUAUCCCUCUCUGCAUCCUGGUUUCCCACAACCCUUUGCUGUACAGCCUGGCAUCUCAUAAGGCAGUUGCAAAAAUCAAAAAGCUGGAAAUGAUUACUGGAGUGGAGCCGGGUAAACAAACAGGGGUGAGUCAAGAUGACCUUCUGCACUCCUGUCUGUCACUCUCCCACUCCACCUCUGUUUCAAUAUUAACUGGACUUCCCACAAACAGUUCCCACUGGAGGCGGGUCGCCAUGGCAGCCAUGCUGUUGUCUCUCGGGAAACGGGUGAUAAUGGUGACGGACAGAAGCGCUCUGGAGAAGACGCGAACUGCUUUAGAGGAGGCUGUGAGGACAGGGCUCCUGAAAUCUGCACUCCCGCUAGAGGCUUUUGAAGACGGCAACACAGAUGCUGCGCUGCACUUCCUGUGUCCCAGCGGAGAUCCCACGAAACCCAGGUAUGAUCACAUGGUGAAGAGGAUAGAGCACAGUGGACGAGCUGAAGAUGGAAAUAAACAGGGGGGGAUCAUGAAACACCUGGUGGAUCCUAUUGAUCGCCUGUAUAAUGCUGCAGUGGACACACCUGGAAUCACUACGACAGAUUGUAUUAUCGUGUAG